AUGCACGACGGGGAGGCUGCGAUGGUGUACGUUCCGGCUGUGUUAAAGGCGAAGCUGGAGGCAGUGCAGACGGAGGGAAAGACGCUUGAAGACGUGGAGGAGGAGGUGGUGAGUUGGUGCGCCGGUGAAGGGGCGAUCCUUUCUACCGCGAAGUCGACGAGGUGUCGCGACGGCGCAACGGAUCGUGUGGACAUGAAGAAGCUGAUUUGUACCCGUGGCGGGAAGAGCCGGCAACUGGAGUACGAAGCCAGUCUAGACACCGCACCUGGGGUACAACGGCGGAACGUAAAGGGAAGCGCGAGGACUGGUUGUCCGUUUGAGGUUAGCGUUCGGCACGCGAAGUCCCACAGGUGGCCCAGGAUUAGCAACAUGAAGCUUACGCACAACCACAGCGUCGACCGCAAGGCCAUCGACGUCAAGCUUCGCCUCGCAUCAAAACUAACGGAGGAGCAGCUGGGACAAGUAAAGCAGAUGACAAGUCAUGGGAUGAAGCCAAAAGAGGUGACAAAAGCAAUGAAGGCAAUUCACGAGGACAGCGACAUCGACAUCAACAAGCGCGCGGUGCAGAACGCGGCUGCCACUGUGCACGGGGCGGAGAAGCCGAGAGAUGCCGCCGAUGCGUACGAAGAGCACCAGAGGUAGACCCUGCUCGAGAGCCUUCACGACGACACGACUCCUAGGAUCAAAACACGAACACCAUCUUCCGCGAUCAGUCUCAGGUACAAAUGCCACACCACUCCAUGCACAAUGCCCAGUAAGAAAUAGGGCACAGAGUCAUGGAGCUCUACAAGGGCCAAAUUGGGCGCUCUUGCUCUUCCCGAUCUUUGACGCCCGUUGUCGCACCACCCAACUGUUCUGCCGUGUUUUCAUCGAGGAAAAAGUUGCGUGCCUGCCGCAGCGUCCGGUUCUGCACACAUACCUUUCCAACGGUAGUUUCAUGCUUCGAGCCAUUCUCACAAUACAGUUUAGCCGUAGAUGAGGUUUUGCUGCUGCGAUGCUGAGACGGCAGAGUGGUGAACUCUUCAAACAACAUCAUGUCCAGCCUGGCGAGUACCUCAACCUACGGCAGCAGCAAGCUGCCAAGAGCAACGGACCUAGGUGCCUGAACGCGAAACCCGUCCGGUGUGUACAUAAACACACCGUGUUAUCGUCGUCCACAUCCGAUCCGUGGUGCUAUUAGUUCGCCUUCGUCCGCACGUCCUUGUUCCCCAUUUUGGCCGUGGGAUAUGUCUGACAGAGAGGUACCACAAAGCGCACGCAAGAAUAUCACACGUAAUUCAUCGGUACGAGUAAAAGAACGUGGUUUGUAACCACGAAACAACACCAACAAUGCAAGGGAUCACGACAAGACUCUGUGGUCACAACUAACUUCCGUCAGCUUCAUCGUCCGAAUUUCCGUCCACCGUGUUCCCGCUGUUGUCACCGUCGCUCCUCCCCCCCAGUUGCCCCUCCCCGCCCCCAACGUUCCCCCUCACCUCCCCCCCCCGCACCCACCACCGCAGCGUCCCUGCCCCCCCUCCCCCCCUUCCCCGGCACCAAGAAGAGAGGUAGAGAGCCCACGGAGUGGGCUAAGGUUGUGGAUGACGUAUGGAAGGAGUUCGAAAUUGACCAAGUUGAUACGGUCGGCCUAAGGAGAGUUUAAGAAGAAGGUAUGCGUUGCUCUUGCCGAGUGACAAGAACAUAGUCUAACCAUAGAAACCAAGGACAAGGGAGAGGGUCUAGAUUUGUACGGAAUGUUGCAAGAAGGGAUAG